AUGGGGAGUGCUUUCAGUUACGGCUUCCGGGUAUGUCCCAUCAAAGAUGACGAUGUCUCCACGUUCUCCGGAUCCUCCAACACCUCGAAUGUUGAGUACGAUAUUUGGAGACGCUGGGAGGACUGCCUGUGGUUCCAGGAGACGCUCGAGAUCGAGUACACCCGCAUGGCACGAGACAAGCGGAAAGGUCUCGCAGCCGGAAAGGGUGUCAAGAAAGACGGAUUCUACGUCCACUCCGACCAGGCUGCGUCAUUUGAGUCUCUUCCGCCAGGCCCAGACCCGCAAAGCAUCGCGAAAGACAUCCACGACCAUGUCCCCCGCCUCACGAAGAAGGGCACGCUCUUCCGCGCGACGCAGGUCACGGCCGACGCACGCGCCCGCGAGCUGCACGCCAUGAUCAGCUCCAUGUUCAGCGAAGACCUGCCAACGCUCGUCCGGGAGCUCCGCGCGACGCGGACGUUCACAGACUUCUUCGGCUUCUGGAGACGCGAUCACGACCUCGCGAAGAAGACGCAGAAGAAGCUCGGCCUGGACGAGAAGAAGCCCGCCGUUCCGGUGCCAGCGCGCUCCCGGCACUCGAUCUCGACCAGCCCGCUCUCGACCAUGUUCUCGGCCUCGACGCCGUCCCUUGCGGGCAGCCAGCCGACACCGCCGAUGAUCGUGAAGGACUUUGCGAACCGCCGUGUCUCGACACAGUCCAAUGGUUCGUCUUCAUCGGAUCAGUCUAUCCACACCACGACCCCGCCUACGCCGUCCACAAAAUCCCGCCGCAGCCACCACAAAUCAUCAGAAGACGGCCGCUCCAUGCGCUCGCGCACCACCUCGACCGCCACUGCGAGCUCCUCCGGGUCUGGCUCGAGCGGCUCGAUUCCUCCCUCGCCCUCCCUCCGCACCCCGCGCGUCGUCGCCCCGCACGACGCCCCCCUCCGCUUCGGACACAACCCAUCCGACCUCUCGCUCCCCGUCGCAGACUCCGACCGUCCCCCGCUCGAAAGCCUGCCCGAAGACCGCGAGCUGCCCGUGUCCGCCAAGAGCGCCAUCACGGCGCACGGCGUGCCCGAGACGCCCUCCAUCCGGAACAGCACCGCAGGGAGGCGCCGCGCGUUUUCGGCGGCGGGAGAUCCGCACCGCAAUGCGCGGAUCUGGAACCCGGAGAUGGCCGCGGCGUCGUUGGCCGAGUAUCGCAGGAGCGCUCUGCUCGUCGGUGUUCCGGAGGUCGGUCCGGGAGCCGGUGAGCAGCAGGCUGCUGCUGCUGGCGCUCAUUCGAGGGCGAUGGCGAGGCAGAGUGUGGCGACGAUUGCGUCGACGACGUCGUCCCUUGCUGCGAGGUAUCUCGCUGAUUUGGGAAUGGAUCUUGCUCUUCCGAGUGAGGACGGCGCGUCGAUGUACGAUCCGCGUGCGUCGAUGUGUACGGUCGACUCGGAGGCGUGGCGCGAGGGUCCGCAGACGGGCGAUGCGAUUCUUCCAAGGUUGCUUAAUGAGGCUGCGAUGGAAGGGCCGCAGGGUGCGAACAGCAGGGCGCAGCUCCAGGCGCUCAUGCAGGCUGCUGGGCUUCGGCGGUCGUUGUCAAGCGGUGCGGCUGCUGGGAGGAGGCAUACGAUUAGGCCUGUGUCGGUGUAUCCCGAAGAGGAAGAGGCGUGGGAUGAUUGGGCGGGGAGAGGCGCGGGUGAAGGAGAGGAGGGCGGGGAGGAGUAUCUGGAUGCGUAUUUCGAUGACUCCGUCCGUCCGCCCUCGCCCCCGGACAGCAGAGCCUCCACGCCCAUGGGGCACUACCGCGCCCCGUCUCCGUCGCCCUCGGGAGAGACUAGCACUGAGACUGAGACCGAGACCGAGACCGACACAGGGACAGAGACAGAGAGCGAGCUCGGGUCGCCCAGACAAGCACGCUAUUCGUCGUACCACUACCCGUACAUCCCCUCCAUCCCGCCCUUCUCCCCGCUCUCGCCGACACCGAUCACGCGCCCGCGCGCGUCGUCCAUCUCCACGAUGCGCUCGUCGUCGUCUGGCGGAUCGACGCAGUCUUCCGGCUCGGGGUCGGGGCAGUCGCACCGCUCCGCGCACUCGAUGCACUCGAUGCAGUCCGCGAUGACGUCUGUGAGCGCGCAGACUGCUGCGUCGAACGCGACUGCGAUGUCGUUCGCGAGCGCGAUGAGCGUGCAGACGGCGCAGACGACACAGAGCGUGCUCGACGGCGCGACGCUCGCGAUCAAGGCGACACACGAGGCGACGACGAUCGUGCUGCGCGUUCCGCGCGCGCUGCCAUACGAGGAGGUGAGGAAGCGCGUGUACGACAAGUUUGUGACGCAGGAGAAGGCGCCUGUUGCGCGGACGUUUGCGAUCGCUGUGCUCAUGCCGUCUCUGCCCGGCUCCAACGGCAAUGGCAGUGGCAGGGAGCGGUCGGCGAGCGUGUCGUCGGGCGGGUCGGCGGAGCGGGAGCGCGCGCAGAUGAAGUUUAUUAGUUCGGCGGAGGCGUGGGAUGGGGCGGUGGCGAGGAGCGGGGGGAAGAUGGCGUUGAGGGUGAUUGGGAGCGAGGUGUCUUGA